AUGCCUAAGGAAAAGACCACUACCCGCAAAACCAAGGCCCGCGGUGUCGAGAAGAAGAAGAAGGACCCCAAUGCGCCCAAGCGUGGUCUCUCUGCCUACAUGUUCUUCGCCAACGAGCAGCGUGAGAGCGUCCGAGAGCAGAACCCUGGUAUCUCCUUUGGCCAGGUCGGCAAGGUUCUCGGUGAGCGCUGGAAGGCCCUGAGCGACGAAGACCGCCGCCCCUACGAAGAGAAGGCCCAGGCCGACAAGAAGCGAUACGAAGACGAGAAGGCCAGCUACAACCAGGCUGCGGAAGAAGAUGAGGAAUCCGCCUAG